AUGAUAAAAACAUUUGUACCACGCGUAUCGAAAUUAGCAAUUAUUCCAGUCGAUCGUGAAAGUCUAUUAAAUUCUAUUAUUUAUUUUGAAAAAUCCAGUGAUCAAAUUUCAAAUCGAUGUAUUCUUUCACUUAAAGAUAUAUGUACUCGUCGUCUUUUAUUAUUUUUUGGUGAUGAUCAUGAGAUAUACAAUAAGUACUUAUCAUCGUCACUUGUUCGAUAUGUUACAUAUGAUUAUUUGACAGAAACAAAUAAUAAUCAAUAUCGAUUAAUAAAUAAUGAUAAAUCUUUUUCUAAUAUAAAAUUAUUAGUUUGUCGUAAUUGUUCAUUGAAUAAUAUAGGUAAAUCAAAAUGUCGUCGUCGAAAAUGUUUAGCAAAUCGUGUACGACAAGUUCUUAAUCAAUUAUCAUGUCAAAUAAUUCCAUGGGAAAAACGAGAACAAUUUGUUAUUCUUGAAAAUAAUGAUGGCGAUGAUGAUGAUGAUGAUGAUGACGAUAAUUCAAUUGUGUUUAUCUAUCUUAAGUCGAAUUAUUCUCGAUAUGAAUCAUCGAAACAAAAACAUGAAAAAAAUUGUGAUCGAAAUUGGAUUCAAAAACAAUUCUAUUUACUUGAUUUACUUCGUAUACUUGAUAUCAAUAUAGCUCGAAAUUAA